AUGGUUGCAGCGGACCAGUUGGCCACGGGCCAGGGGAAGGCCGUGUCCACGUUCUUACGGAAGUUCCCUGCAGCUCCUGCGGUGCUGGUGCUCUUCAAACACCUGUUGUCACAGGCGGCGGAGACACUAGAGGCUUCCGUGAAACAGCGGCUCUUCCUACAUGGACAAUAUUUGUCUCGCCACGAGCUGAAUCAGUUCCUCACAGACUUCGCUGGCUUCAGGCACGUGGAGCUGAACGUGGUCUCCCAAGCGUUGUUUGGGGCUUUGGACUUGGAGCGAGAAGGACAGAUUCCACAGGAUUUGCUGCUGGAACGUUUGCGAGAGCCACCAUCCAUGAAGGAGGUUUGGCUCGCCGACCUGGAAAGCCUGUGGCCCGGGCGCGAGAGCAUUGUCGAGUAUGCGCGCCGCUCGCCACCCCGGCAGAGCUCGUUGCCCAGGCCGCGCAGCAGCCGACCAGGCUCGGCAUGCACGGCACCGGGUGCCUUUGCCGGGCGAAGGCCCAGUGGGUCUUCCGUUCCUGUGCCGUCGAAGUCGACGCCCAAGCGGCCGAGCACCGCGGGACACGCACGAAGCCGAAGAGAUCGAGAUCAACAAGGCAAAGCUGCACGGGGCGCGGGCGCCAGCGUUUCCAAAGACAUGGUGAACUUUAGAACCCUUAGAAGAUCAGAUUGGCUGGGCUCUGGCUGGCCAGUCAAAGAAGCCAUGCGCAGUCCUUGA